AUCUGAGGCAGUGUCGAACAUCUCCCUCAAGGAAGCUGAUUGAUGAAGUGAGAAUCACGAUGGAGAAGAAGGUCUCAGCCUCCAGUGGAAAGGAGAACAGGGCCACUGGCCCAAGAGCUCCAUGGAGAUCAGAAAGGAGAGUUCAGAAGAAUGUGGGUGUCAGUCUGUACGUGGGAGACAGAAGUGAUGCUGUGGUGCCCCCGUACUGGGCAGAUAAGGCAACUGGACAGGCAGUGGAGCAAAGUGGGGUUCAGACUGGAGGUUUGCUCAUCCCCUGCGGCAAAGCCUUCUGGAAGAGGGAUCCCAGGCUGAUCCAGACCAACCUACUGGGUUCAUGCCAACCUUUGAAGGAGGCCCCUAGCCAGCAGCCCAACUCCUGUUUCCAACAGCAAAGUAACCUCCAACCCUGCUCCUGGAGAUCUCGCAGGGCACCCAACUUGCUUGGGAAAUCACAAGAGAAGAUCCUGUGGCAGAGAAACCAGAGCCUCUAUCUGGAGGAACAGCCUAAGAGAAUCCUAUUGUGGAAGCCCGAAGAGGGGCCAGGGCCCCAGUGCCCCAGGGGCAGACACCAUGUUCUAGGCAGGCUCAGCCCACCCAGAGGGCAGCCAUUUCAGAUCCACCAGGCAGCACCUCCUACUUCUGACCAGAGCACUUCCCAGGGCUUGGUGGGUUUUGAUAAGGUCCCAUUAUUUCCCACGCAGUCCCAUUGUUCUUCAGGCAGUGUCAGUGGAAACAGGGACCCUCACCACCACCUUAGAGAACCCUUCUUUUUGGAAGGUUUGGGUCCCCCUUGCAAGCCUCCUGACCCUUCUGCCAGCUUUCAGGCCAUGCAGGCUGUCUUCCAGGCAACCCACACUUCUGCCCUCCUGCCCUCCUGCAUGCAGAGAUUCAGGCAGGAGGUGGCUCUGAUUGAACUGGGUGGCUCUCAGGGGGACAGUGAGGCCCACCUGGAAGGGGCUGCCCCAGAUGAUUGUCUCCCAGGGAUGCUGAGAGGAAGGGGACUGCCGAUGGACUCAGCUGUGGCCACAGGCCAGGGGCUGAAGACCAGGGACCUGGGUGCUGCUGAAUCCUCUGACUCCCCCACUAAAGACAAGCAUGUCACACGGUGUGUACCCAGAGCUGGAACCGGAAGACUCAGCCUCUCUGAGAGAAGUUGGACUGAUCCCGUCUCCACUGUCAAUGCUAACUCCUUGGCUGACCUUGAAACUAAAGCGCGCCCCUCUAAAGCUUCUCUUUUCCUUGGGGCCAAGAGGAUAUGGCAGGCUUCCAGGAAGGGAGAGGCCCACACUGGGCUCCCAUUUGGACCAUUUCCCCCUCUCAUGCCCAGUGGGGAAGAGUACCCCCCUGGCCCUGCUCCAGAUGGAGUGCAAGUGUCUUGGGAGAUGCGGCCAAGGGGAGGUCUAUGUCCUGUCGGGGUCUCUAGCAGAGGUGCUGCCCUACAGGUGGACAGUGUUUUGGCUCAGCAGUUCAGUCUAGAUAAAGGUGGCAUCUCUCAAGGUGGUGAGGGCAGUGGAACUCCAGCAAGGAGAGGAGAGGCCAGCCAUGCUGCUGCUGGGCAGAAGGCCCCAGAGAGCAGGGAUCCCAGUGCUGGGCUCAGCACCUGUGGGGAAGAGGGCAGACAGGACCAGAGAGACUGCGAUUCAGACUCUGAGAGCAGCCACAAGUUGCAUCUUCCUGGGGCCCAGGGAGCAGCAGCAUGCUGCCUUGGGGUCCCCUGGGGGCGGGACGAAGCCAGAUUGGAGCUGGACCCAGCUGAGAAGACCCCAAUGGUGACGCAGAGCCAGGAGGAUCGAGAUCCGGGCCAGGAAGAUGAGGAGCAGCUGCAGGAUGCACUACAAGGGGAGGUUUCUGCUGAGGGCACUGUAUCUCUGAAGAACAAACAGACAAGGGACCAAGCUAGUAGCCUUCUCUCCCAGUGCUUUGGGGCCUGGCGGUGUCACAUGCUGGGGAAGUUGGCGGCCCAGCAUCUGUACAGGCAGCAGCUGCUGCGAAAGGGGAUCAGGGCCCUGUGGUGGGCAGUGCAGCUGAGGGACAUUCAGCUGGACAGUGCACGGAGGACACACUCACGAGGCGUCCUGAUCAGGAGCUUCCGCAAGUGGAAAGAGACUUCAAUAAAGCAGAAGGAGAGGAAGCAGCUGGUUCUGGCCGAGCCGUCGUCUCCUCCUGCAGAUUCCCGGACUGCUGAAGGAGGAGGGAGGAGAGGCCCACACAGGAAGCAAUACUGCUGUUCAGCUGGGAAUCAGAAGGGUCUCAUGGAGCUGCUUCCAUCAGCUUUCAGACUGUGCCAUCUGCAGAAGGAACAGACUGCCAGAGCGGAAGCCAGGCUGGAGGAAGCUCGGGCCGUGCUGGGGAGGAAGAGGCUGCAGAGAGUGUUCCAGGCUUGGCACUGCCGCUCCAUUGAGACAGCCUGGAUUUCCCCUCUGGUGGCCCAGAGCCAGAAAAACCAGCUUGGCCAGUGUUUUGGGGCAUGGCGGUGCCAGACUCAGCGGACGGCUCUGUGCCAAGCCACUCUGGCAGAGCGGAGGGUCGAGAGCCUGAGAAGGUGCCUGUGGCAGUGGGCCCGGAUGCUGCGGCUCAGAGACAUGGACAGGAAGCUCAUGGCCCAGUUUUAUUUCUGCCGGCCAAGGAUGUGGCCCAGAGAUGCCCAGCUGGGUAUGACAGCUUGUUGA